AUGGGAUCUAACGGCAAAGUCGUCUCGGAGGUGGUCUCCUGGAUCAAGAGCCAGAAACUGGUCGCUCCCCGCAUGAAAGAUGCCCCCACAUUCUACCGAAAUCUCGAGGAGGCCUUAGAUGUUCGACGGUCAACCCAAUCUCUAAUGACCCGCGGACAAAGCACAUGGAAAACUGGAGAUGCGAUUGACUUCUGCUCCAAUGAUCUUCUCUCUCUCGGACUCACAGGAGAACUGCGAAGGGAGUUCCUAGCUGAGCUGGCCAGACACCCAGACUUCUCGCUGCAUUCUGGGGGCUCCCGCGUUAUGGGUGGCAACUACGACUAUAUCGAGGAUGUCGAGCAGGAGAUCGCCGACUUCCUCGGGGCAGAAACGGCUCUCAUGUUUAACUCCGGGUCGAACGGAAACAUUGCCAUCUACACAGCUAUCCCACGGCCUGGGGAUGCCAUUGUAUACGAUGAGCUGGUUCACUUCAGCACGCACACAGGCAUGGCUGCCUCGUUGGCUACGACCAAGGUUGCCUUCCGCCACAAUGACCUUGACGCCUUUCGAGAGGCCAUGUCCUCCACCAUGGACUCUCAACCCAUGCUUCAGGACGGUUCACGCUCGAUCCUUGUAUCCGUAGAGUCGGUGUACAGCAUGGAUGGAGACGUUUGCCCUCUAGUGGAGAUGCUCGAGAUUGCUCGAGAAAUCUGUCCCAAGGGGAACUUUGCUUUCAUUGCGGACGAGGCUCAUGCCACUGGAGUCGUGGGUCCUAAAGGUGUCGGUCUCGUCAAGCAUCUGGGUCUAGAAAAUGAGGUUGCAAUUCGACUGAAUACCUGCGGCAAGGCCUUGGCCUGUACUGGAUCUGUGGUUCUUGGAAAUGCCACGGUUCGAAACAUGAUGCUGAACUAUGCUGGGUCCCUGGUGAACACCACAUCCCCAUCCUUCCCGUCGGUUGCAGUCAUUCGCUCAGCCUAUAACCUGAUGAGGACUGGGGCCACGCAGAAGGCUCAAGACAACAUACAACAUCUCGUCAAGUACUUCUUCAAAUCCAUCACCUCCAGCGACAUCUGGGACGAAGCCACCGAUAUGGGUAUCUUGUCUAUCCCCGUGGCCGAGGACUAUGAGGAGCUGGACUUUGUGACGCAUAUUGUGCCAAUCUGGACCCGGCAGAAGUACAACUGGUGGCUCUUUUUCCACCUGCAACUGGCGAAAAUUGCGGUCGUUCCCAUUGACUAUCCCCAGGUUCCCAAAGGCAAAUCACGAGUCAGGGUCAUGAUCCAUGCUGGAAAUACGGAGGAAGAGGUGGAUUAUCUGGUGGCGACGCUUUGCGACUUUGCAAAGGAGAUGAUCGAUAUCGAGGAGGGUGGCGAAAAGGGCAAGAUACCAAAAGCCGCGCAAGAGAUUUACGCGUUGAUGGCCGCUCACACUUGA